AAUGCUCUAAGAUAGUAAAAGGCACGGUCCUUCUAUAGAAAUAUAAAACUUAGGACCACUACACAAAUCUAUAAGCAAGAUAACGGAUCCUGAUAUUCAAAGUAUUGAGUGUUAGAAAAAUACCUAUAUUACUUCUCCUAGAGCAUAACGAUUUGACAAACUGGGAAAUUUGAUUCAAAAAAAUUAAAAAACAAAAUAUUAGAUAACAUUUCGAGAUGAAGUAACAGCCAAAGCUAAAUUGUAUGACAUCAUAAUAGUGGACAAUUGGAAAAAUUUUAAUAUUAUAGAUGAAGAUAAAGAGAAAGUGAGCUGUUGCUAGUCCAAAAGUUGUUAAUUAUUUUGAUAUC